GCCGCUGCGCUGCGCUCCGGCGGCUUGCCGCGGCCCUUGGAUGGGGGUGUCCGGCUGACCCCGGGAUCCGCCUCCCUCCGCCAGAAGCUGCACAGACAAGCAAAUCCUGAGAGUUGCUGUUGGUCCAUUGCUGUGCAAACAUGGAGGCCCCAUUGGUGAGUUUGGAUGAAGAGUUUGAGGAUCUUCGGCCCUGCUGCUCAGAGGAACAGGAGGAGAAACCUCAGUGUUCCUAUGGCACAUCUCCCCAUCAUCUAGAGGAUCCCUCCCUCUCUGAGCUUGAGAAUUUUUCUUCUGAAAUCAUCAGCUUCAAGUCCAUGGAGGACCUUGUGAAUGAAUUUGACGAGAAGCUCAAUGUCUGCUUUCGGAACUACAAUGCCAAGACGGAGAACCUGGCUCCUGUGAAGAACCAGCUACAGAUCCAGGAGGAGGAGGAGACGUUGCAGGAUGAGGAGGUUUGGGAUGCUCUGACGGACAAUUACAUCCCUUCACUCUCAGAAGACUGGAGGGACCCAAACAUGGAGGCUCUGAAUGGCAACAGCUCUGACACUGAGAUCCAUGAGAAAGAGGAGGAAGAGUGCAAUGAGAAGGGUGAAAAUGAUUCUGGUAUCAAUGAGGAGCCUCUACUCACAGCAGAGCAGGUAAUUGAGGAGAUUGAGGAAAUGAUGCAGAACUCCCCAGACCCCGAGGAGGAAGAGGAGGCUGUGGAAGAAGAGGAUGGGGGAGAAACCUCCUCCCAGGCAGACUCGGUCCUCCUACAGGAGAUGCAGGCCUUGACACAGACCUUCAACAACAACUGGUCCUACGAAGGACUGAGGCAUAUGUCAGGGUCAGAGCUGACUGAGCUGCUGGAUCAGGUGGAGGGGGCCAUCCGUGACUUCUCAGAGGAGCUGGUCCAACAGCUGGCCCGCCGGGACGAGCUGGAGUUUGAAAAGGAAGUGAAGAACUCCUUCAUCACGGUGCUUAUUGAGGUUCAGAAUAAGCAGAAGGAGCAGCGAGAACUGAUGAAAAAGAGGCGGAAAGAGAAGGGACUGAGCCUGCAGAGCAGCCGAAUAGAGAAGGGAAACCAGAUGCCUCUAAAGCGCUUCAGCAUGGAGGGCAUCUCCAGCAUUCUGCAAAGCAGCAUCCGCCAGACCUUUGGCUCCUCGGGGACCGACAAACAGUAUCUGAACACAGUCAUCCCUUAUGAGAAGAAAGCGGCCCCUCCGUCAGUAGAAGAUCUGCAGAUGCUGACAAACAUUCUCUUUGCCAUGAAGGAGGACAAUGAGAAGGUGCCUUCUUUGCUAACGGACUACAUUUUAAAAGUGCUCUGUCCUACCUAACCUUGCUCUUUGGAACAGCUUGCUGCAGGAGGUCACCGAGCAAGAGUUCAUUCGAUCACAGGGACUGCAUGACACCACGUAACCUCCAACGUGUAUUUAAACGUGUAUAGCUUAACCGGGAUUAAACAUGAGCAACGCGGGGUCUUUGCUGUUGGCUUCUAGUCCUAGUAACCAUUGGAUGCAUGACCGAGGGGCGGGGCUGGUGAUAGUGCCUCCUCUCCACCUACGCUGGAGGAGGGCAAGUGCUUUCACCACUCAUUAUGUAGUCUGGCUCUAGCCCUUAAACUCAGUUUACACUCUAAGACUAAUUUUGAAAUAAAACCUCAUUUAAUUAACAA